CCGCUGCACAUGUGAGCAGCUCCUGUCUGGGAUGAGUGUAAAAUUCAGAAGGAGGACCAGAAGAAGCAUAAAUGCAGGUGUAACUGAACACAUCCAAGCAGCUGUACAGGUCUUUGCAGUCAUCCCAUGCUUUUGUAUUCGACGGAUUAAACCAAAGUGAUGGUGUUGAAGAUGGGAGCGAAGGACAAGAGAUAUUUUUCAGAGAAAGGACAGAAGAAGAUGAACAAGAGGCCUGAUAAAGGUAGAAAAGGUGGAGAAGGACGCCUUGGUGAGGAAAGAGGACCAAGGAAGCGUCUGGAUGCCAUGACGGUGGGCUACUUUCGCCGGGUCAGUGACAGACUCGGUGAAGAAUUCGCAGAUGAUGAGGAACGAGUUCUGUUUGUGGAGAAUGUUCUGACGGAGGUGAGAGAAAAAGCUGCUCUGGUCAGCAUGGAUAUGACGGGUAGCCUGACUCUCCAGAAGCUGCUCUCAUUAGCCGAACUCCACCAGGUUGGCGAGGUGCUUGCUGAACUGGGUGGAGAAUCGGGAACAGAGUUUAAAACUGUGUCAUGUGACCGAUGUGGUGGUCAUGUUGUUGAAAGUGCCCUCAGACAGAUGGCCAGGUGGACGGAGGCCGGUCAGUCUGAAAAGAGCAGCAGUGAAAACGAACAAGUGGACUCAGAAGCUGAGGAUUGUGGGAUUCUUGAGGCUCAGGUACUAACUCUGUGCGGAGUGGUGAGAGAAAACAUCGAGGAUUUUAUCAAAGACCCUCAUGGAUCCCACGUGCUCCGAACACUCAUACACGUCCUCGCAGGCUGUUCAGUUCAAGAGCAGCCUGAUACACGUCCAGCUAAAAAGCAGAAAAAAGCUGAACCAGAGCUGACAGACUUUGAAGCACCGUCAUCAUUCUGGUGGGAGUUUAAAUAUCUUUCAGACUCCUUGAUGGAAAAUGUAAAUGUCUGUGCCACCAAUCCCACCGCCAGCGCCGUGCUCCAGACCCUUCUGACAGUCUGCCACAGGAAGAGGCCGAUACUCGGAAAGAAACUGAACAAGGGCAUCAUGGGAUACCUGACCUCUCUCAGCUCAGCGCCUGGCAUCAGUCCACUCUUGGUGUUUCUGAAGGACCAGUCUUGCAGUCGACUCAUUCAGACAGUGUUCCAGUUCUCCCAUAAAGCCUUAUUACGAGAGACCUACAGGAACCACCUGAAGAACCAGCUGAUGCCCUUGGCCCUUCAUCCAUUCGCAAACUACACCGUCCAGUCAUUAAUAGCAGCCUCGGUUAAUUGUAAAAUGUUCCUGAAGGUGUUUGAUGAGUUGUCACCCGGGUUCGAGGCCAUCCUGGCGGCGGGACAUAUGGGGGUGAUGGUACAGCUAGUGGAGAGCUGUGUACACAGAGAGGAAACACAGGCUGACAUGCUGACCUGGCUCCUACAGGCUUUUCACUGCAGUGAACCAGCAAGCCGACACCUCUCCUGUCUUCCUCUGUUCCUGUCCUUACUGACCUAUGAGGUGUACUACAACACAGAGGCAGCAGAGGGUGACGCUGCCCCUCAGCGCCCCCUCACGAUCUGCUACCACGGCUCGCGUCUGGUCCAAGCGCUGGCCCGCUUCAAAGAUCGCUCCAUCCUGAUGAACAGCCUGCACGGCCUGAGCCCGGCCAAUCUGGUGAGCCUGGGCACCGAACAGACGGGCAGCCACGCCCUGCAAGCCCUCAUUACGCUGUCCAGUGACAAGGGGAAGGGCAAGAUCCUGAGAAAGCUGGAGGGGUUGUAUACUCAGUUCGCCUGCUCCAGAUAUGGUAGUCGGCUGUUAGAGGCUGUGUGGAACAGCGCCCCCAUUAGUCAGAGGCAGAGCAUUGCAGAGCAGCUGGUCCCCAGUGAGUCCCAACUGAGGUCGGAUCAGUUUGCGCGCCACGUCUGGGCGAAAUUCGGGCUGACGCACUUUCAGAAGAGACGCGGUGCCUGGCUGGAGCUCCAGACCGGCGAGUCUAAGAAGAGAAAGAUGUUCAGCGACAUCCUGGAGUAAAUGCUUCAGACUGGUACUGUUUCGGAGGGCUUAAACGAGGGUUAAAUCCCCUCUGAAAUCCUACACUGUUAUCACGGCUCCCGCAGGGUUCUGUUUAAUCCUCUGGUAUUGGAUUCAAUUACUGCAGAGGGUAAAGUGAGCUCUUUCAGUGUAGGUGAUGAGGAUUUUUCUACAUUUUUGUACCAAUAAACGUGUGCAUUUGUUCUGUUAUUCGCAAUAAGAUUUUUAAUCGUGGAAAGUGAAUGAAUUAUGUGUAAAUAUUUUAUAAGUACAUUUAAAUAACCUGUAUUGUGAGAUUACUUUACAGUAAAGCAUCACAUACAUUAAAUGGAUGUACCAGCAUCUU